AUGGUGCACAAUGGACAGCCCAAGCUACUGCCGGUCAAGCAGCUGCUAAUCCUGUCAAUAUGUCGAUUUGCAGAACCGGUGGUGUAUACAUCGGCCCUGCCCUACCUUCCCGAAAUGAUGGAAAGCGUCGGCGUCCGCAAGAACGAAGUCGCAAAAUGGGUCGGCGUAUCCUCCGCCGUCGUCGCUGGAUGCCAGUGCAUCAUGGCCGUGCCAUGGGGCACCUUCUCCGAUCGAUUUGGACGCAAAUACGCAAUCCUCAUGGGCCUCACGUCAACCAUGUUUUUUUCGCUGAUGUUCGGGUUUUCCAAAUCUCUCACCUCCUUGCUGAUUGCAAGAGCGUUCUUGGGCCUCAUGAACGGUAACGUGGGCAUCAUCCGGACUAUGGUUGCAGAGCUGGUUCCUGAAAAGGAGCUGCAGCCCCGCGCGUUUAGUAUUAUGCCCUUAGUUUGGACGAUUGGCAGUAUAUUCGGACCUGCUUUUGGAGGGGCCCUGGCCAAUCCGGCCGUGAAACAUCCAGAUAUUUUUGGUGGGUGGAAAAUCUUCCGGGAGUAUCCCUUUGCCUUGCCCAAUGUGCUUUCUGCGCUACUGUUCAUUAUUGGUAUUACCACGGGGUUCUUAUUCCUAGAGGAGACACUGCAAACCCGCCGACAUAAACGCGAUUAUGGGUUGGUUCUCGGUCGACUUUUGACCCAGUCCUGCUCAUCGAGCAGAUCAAAGCCGCACCAUUAUGCUCGAUAUGAUGCGGCUGUAAAUGAAAGAACGAGGCUCCUCGCCACUGAAAGCGCACAGGAUGAAGAGAACUAUGCUACAAUAACUACAAAACAAGCCAGUGUUGUAACCACGAGUACUGCCACUACCACCAAAACCUCUACUAUCACUAACGGCCAUGACGAUAUUCACCACAAUGACCAUAGGAACGCCCGACGCAACUCCACCAAAACCGGAAUUCGUAAUUUCAAAUCCGUCUUCACUCCGCAGUCCAGUCUGGUUCUGUUAGCCUACGGCAUGAUGGCAUUGCAUAGCAUGGGAUUCGACUCUCUCUUCCCUGUGUUCCUGCAUCAUCCUGAGCAGGACAUGAUUGAUAACCCGGACGUGAACCUCCCAUUCAAAUUUACCAGCGGGCUUGGCCUUGACUCCCAAACAAUCGGCAUUCUAUACACUCUCAUCGGCAUAAUCGGCAUGUUCGUACAAUUUCUCUUCUUCCCCGUCGCCGCUCGCCGCUAUGGCGUUCUACGCUGCUUCCAGGUCGUCGCCAUUCUCUUCCCAGUCAUUUACCUCGUAACGCCAUUCAUCGUGCUAGUGCCACCGUCAACCCGCACAUUCGCAGUUUUCCUCCUUCUCAUGUCCAAGCUGGCCCUCGUCAUAUUCAGUUUUCCGUGCACCACUAUCCUGCUCACUAAUACGGCGUCUAGUCUCAAGAUUCUGGGUACUUUGAAUGGCGUCGGCGUUAGCGUUAGUGCGAUUGGGCGUGCCACUGGCCCGGCGAUUGUGGGCGCCGCAUUCACUGAGGGCGUCAAGCUUGGUUAUGUGGUUAUCCCAUGGUGGAUUUUGACCGUGUUGGCUAUGUUUGCUGCAACACCUGCGUUUUUGAUUGAGGAGUCUGAUGGCUUUUCACCUGAUGACGACGACGAGAAUGAGGACGAAGUAGAUGGGGACCAUGCCGACAACGAAUGA